UGAGUCCAAGCCAAAAAUAAAAGUGCCCCAUUGGGAUGAAAAGAGCUAGCUUUCUUUUCCUCGAAGACAAUAUUGUGUGUCCGAUAUGCCUUGAGGUGUUCACCGACCCCGUCACCACGGCCUGCGGGCACAACUUCUGCAUGGACUGUCUGCAGGAUUACUGGGACCACCAAGCCAUGAUUGGGGAAUGCCCCUACUGUCCUCAGUGCCGCGAGCCGUUCAGUUCGAGACCGCAACUCCGCAAAAACAUAACCCUGGGAGAAAUUGCCCUGAGAUUCACCCGAGAGGAGGCUCAGGAGUCCUGGAAGCUAGCGGGUUCGAAAGAUGUCCCGUGCGACUUUUGCUCCCCCAGGAAGUUCAAGGCGGUCAAGUCUUGCCUGCAGUGCAUGGCUGCCUUGUGCGACGACCAUCUCCGGUCCCACUAUGAAGACAAGACCUUCAAGAACCACCAGCUGAUAGAGCCUCUCAAUGACCUGAAGGCCAAUAUGUGCCUGAAACAUCGAAGGCUGUUGGAGCUGUUCUGCAAAAUGGAAGGCGAGUUCAUUUGCCAAAUUUGCGUCCGGGAAGAACACAAGAACCACGAAGCAGUGUCUCUCAAAGAGGACAGAGGCAGGAAAGAAGCAGAGGUCAAGAGAAUACAUGCCAAUGUGGGAAACCAGAUCCUGAUUUUGGCAGCAGACAGUCAAAAACACCGGGGGAGAGUGAACUACCUCACGAAAGUGGUGAAGACUGCCAGAGAUGAAGUGAAUCGGGCCUUUGCCGAGGUGAUGAAGGAACUCAAGAGAUUGCAGACCAUGGUGGUGGACUUCAUAGACCAAGAGGAAAGGUUGGCCUUAGUUGGAAUGGGAAAUUCCAUUCAGCAGAGGCAAGAGCAACUGGCCGAUCUCAGGAAGCAGAACCUGUGGCUGGCAACGCUUGCGGGCGACCCAAGUGACCAUCAGUUCCUGCAGGACUUCCCAAAGAUAAAGAUAAUGUCCGGUUGCAUGGAAGCCUUGGCUGGUCUGAAAUGUGAAGAACCUACCAGUUUCGUAGGGCUUAAGCAGACACUGAGUGACUUGAAAUCCCAGAUGUCCAUGACUGGACUCUGCUUUAUCAACAAAGUCCUUCAGAAAGGGAUCACUAUGGUGCCUUAUGAACUGAUACCAGCACCCACAGACCGGAAGAGUCUCCUAAAGUCUUAUUGUAUCCUGAAUUUUGAUGCCAGCACUGCCAACGAAGAGCUCUUCCUGUUUAAAGAGACCCACUCCGUGCUGAACCUGGGGAUCUUGUUGGAGAACUGUUCAAAACCCAGCCAAGGCUUCAACCACUGGCCCCAGCUGCUGUGCACCCGCAGCCUGUGUGAGGGCUGCCAUUACUGGGAAGCCGAGAUCUCAAAUGCGUGGCUCUGCUUAGGCGUCACCUACAGCUACAGGCAUAGGACUGAAAAAGCCUGCAUGAUGUACCUGAUUGGCAGGAAUAGCAAUUCAUGGUGCCUGGAGUGGGACUCAGUGAAGUUCUCCGUCUGGAAUAACAAUAUCCAGACUGUGCUGCAAGGCAACUACUACAAAACCAUCGGGGUCUUGCUAGACUAUGCUGCUGGAUCUUUGACCUUCUAUGGCAUCGCCGAUACCAUGAACCUCAUCUACCGUUUCCUAACCACAUUUACUGAGCCGCUAUAUCCAGCUGCCAUGGUAAGCAGCGGGGCUUCCAUUACUUUGAAACAGCACCCAGAGUAGAUAAAAAAAAAAAAAAACCCACCAUCACCCACUCCCUAAAAGCAAAGGCUGAUAAAAUUAACUUUUGUCUCAUUCCUAUGCUGAGGGAGAAUUCUACUUUAUUUUUUUAAAAAAAAAUUACAUGGCUACAAGCAGAAACGAAUGUUACAACUAAGUGUUUGAGUUUACAAUGGUGUUUUGUUAUGGGAGAUUUUGACUUGCUACACAUUUGGAGACAUGACAGAAA